AUGUCAUCAGUGGAAAAGAAGCGCCUUCGAGAUCGCCGGUCGCAACAGACCCUUCGCGACAAAAAGUUGCGGCACACAGCGGAACUCAAAGAACAAGUGGUCCAUUGUCAGCAGUACCACAAUGACCAAGGCGUGCAACGACUUCUUCAGGUGAUCAGCGGACUUCGCGAACAAAAUGAGGCCCUUAUAAACCGCCAAAAAAGCUUGAAAUCAUUUGUCGCCUCAUGGGACAGAGAUUGGGAGGCUUUGCCAAGCGCAGAUCGCUCUAACCAAAAUGGGGCGUACCUCUACAAGGAGAUGAGCAGCCAAGAACCUCAGUUCCCGCAAACUCAACGGGACAGCAAUGGCCUUGCUCCAUCAAGAGGAUCAAAUGUACCAACCAAUCCUCUGUCGGCUACACCAACAACAUCCCCGCGCACUGAGUCACCCACGGAAACCCUUCCAGCAACUAAACUGCCUCCAUGGAAUCAGAUCCCGCUGCACAGCGAUGACUUCACCAACGUACGGACAAUUAUUUCGUGCCCCUGGCUUUACUACCCAGAAAAGAUAACGCCUUGUCCGGAUAUCCCGUCGUCCGCCCUGGACAUCCUCUAUGGCACAAAAGCCAACCCACUAGCCGACAUGAUUCAUACGGCCCUUCAGAGACGCCCAAUCCGAGAUCCAGAGCGAUUAGCGAUUGGAGCAGAUGCAAAUCGCACAUCCUGCCGUAUUGGAUUUUAUGCCGUGGCCAAAGCUUCGAUUGAACUUGAUGCAUAG